UCUGCUCUCUCCUCUCCCCUGCCAUGGCCGCCGCCGCCGCCGUCGCGGCCCACUUCUUUCCUAUUCCUCCCUCCCCUCCCUUCCUCCUUACCCGUAUACGAAACCCGACCCGUCGGCCUCCGUUCCCCGCCAACGUCUCGCAGACUGAGCGCGGCGUCGAGUUCGAGACCGGCGAUUCCUUCUUCCGCAGCGAGAGCGCCGUGGGCCGCGACCUUGGCGUCCUCUCCGCCGCCCUUCACCGCCAGUCCCUCUGCAGCGGUAGUGGCCUCCGUGUCAUCGAUGCAAUGUGCGGCUGCGGCAUCCGCGCUCUCCGUUACCUGGCCCAGGCCGGCGCCGACUUCGUCUGGGCCAACGACGCCUCCGAGGACUGCCGGCCCCUCAUCCUCUCCAAUCUAUCCCGCCACCCCCGCGUGUCUCCAGGCGGCGACCGCUGCUGGGUCGUCAGCCACCUCGACGCCAACAGGGUCCUGGCCGAGAACUACCUCCGCAGGGAGUUCUUCGAUUUUGUGGACGUUGAUUCCUUCGGGAGCGACUCCUCGUUCAUGGGGAUGGCUGUUGCCACUGUCAGGAAGGGAGGAUUGCUGUACAUCACCUCCACCGAUGGGCAUUCCUCAGGAGGGCAUCGACCUCACUGGUAAAACUUGACCUAUGCUAUUAGUGGCCAAGUAGUUCAAUUCAUCUUUACAUUUUCUUUUGC